AUGCCGGAGUUUACACCAGAUCAAGUUGCUUUUGUCACAGGCGCUGCAAGUGGUAUCGGCCUCGCCAUAUCCAAACAACUUAUCCUCGACGGCAUCACCAAAAUCGCCGCUCUCGACAUCUCUGAAUCCGGGCUUUCCACUGCCUUCGAAUCGUCUUCGGCUAAAGUCCUCCAGCUAGUAGUAGACUGCAGCUCGGAAUCAGAAAUCGAAGCCGCGGUCGAGAAAACGGUAGCAGAGUUCGGAAGAUUGGAUGUUUGUGUCAACGCAGCUGGCAUCCCGUCGGCGGGACCGAGAGUAAAGAUCGAUGAGUUAGAGAAGGGGAAUACGGAGAAGGUAUUAGAACUGAAUUUGAUGGGUGUUUGGCUCUGUGAGAGAGCGCAGAUCAGGCAGUUUUUGAAGCAGGAGAUGAGGCAUGUUUCCACCGGACUUCCUCUCAAGACUCGAGGCAGUAUUGUCAAUCUCGGCUCCUUGACAAGUCACGUUGCUAUCCCAGCGCUAUCACCAUAUAUCAUGGCUAAGCACGGAGUUCUUGGUCUGACUAAAGCCGAUGCACAUGAUUAUGCUCUUGAGGGUAUCAGAGUUAAUUGCAUCUGUCCUGGGUGGAUUCGGACUCAGAUGACUUCAAGCUUACGGGAUAAUCCAGAGGUGAGCGAAGCAGUUGUGACAAGAGCACCGAUGGCGAGAUGGGGACACCCGGAAGAGAUCGCAUUUACGGCGAGCUUUUUGUUGAGUGAUAAAGCUAGUUUUGUGACGGGGGCUUCGAUUUCUGUUGAUGGUGGGUAUGGUGCUUGCUGA